AUGCUAGCCCUCCCAGCCAUCGCAGCUCUAGCUGCAAUCCUCACCAAAGUUGCAGUGGCCGCUCCACUGAUGGACACCCUGCUCGAGAUCCCCGAGCUCUCCACGUACGCGCAUGUGUACAAUAUGACGGGGGGCAUCGUGGAGAUCAACCCGAUGUUCACGAAGCGGUUUAACUACGACACCGACACGCGCAAUUACACUUUCCUGGCUCCGACCAACGCUGCAUGGGCCAAGAUCCCCCCGGCGAUCUACGACAUCCUCCUAACCCAACCAGCCUACCCCCUCAUCGAAGCCCUCCUGCGCACGCACAUCAUCGAGGCCCGCCUGACCGCCGCCGAACUCGCCAGUGUAUCCGCCGACAGCGCCGUGGGAGGCAUCGCGACCGCGCUGCAGCUGUCCAACACCACCGCCCAAUUCCACCGGGGGGUGCUCACCAAGACAGUGCAGGGGUACUACAUCGACGCGACCACGUCCGCAAAUGGAACCGUCCGCAUCGACGACCAAGCCGCGAUCGUCAAAGCCGACCUCCCGGCGGAUAACGGGCUGAUCCACGAGAUCGACCAGCUCAUCGACCCGUUCCUGGUCUACGGCGGGGGACCGAGCAACCGCACCACGGCGCCGUCGUACGAAUCCACCGAUCUCACCAUCGGCGCGUUCGUGCAAUCCGACGCCCGUCUGGUCAAUGCUUCGCAGAUCCUGUCGGUCAACUCCCCGGACACUAUCCGUCGGCUGUCGCGACAGUCGUCCGAGAAACAGUUCUUCGUGGUCCCGCGCAAUGAGGCGUUCGAGUUGAUGCCUACCAUUCUUCCUGUGUUUCAUACGCUGGUCUCGCCGUAUAAAAGCCCGUUCGACACGCUGCUGUGGCAGUACGGCUGGGUCGAUAGCGGCGGCGAGCAGUUCGACAGUCGCACGCUCAAGGGCAAGAGCUCGCUGUCGGUGGCCGGCGAUGUGACCGGGCUGAAUAUCACGGUGACCCGCGGGGAGGAGGACGCGGCUGUCUUCGUGAUGAAUGCCGGGCUGGUGACGCAGGUGGAGGCCGCGAAUGGGUUCCUGUGGAUUGUGGAUCGGUGGUUGGAUCCUUUGUACCAAGCCUUCGGGCCGGUGGAUCGCUUCGGGGAGCCGGAGUGGGCUUAG